CAGACUCAGCAUCUGCUCUGGACGGGCGGCUCCGUCCUGGCUGUUCCAGGAAGCGGAGCGGCCUAGAGACCGGGACUGAGAUGGGGAUCUCCACUCCGGCCCUCCUGCUGGCUUGUUGAGAUAUUGGUUGCCCCCCAGGGAAAGUCCGUUUCCAACUUGUAGUCGGGCAGGUGUGGAGCAGUCGCAUGGAUCUCCGGGAAUUCAUCAUCACCUUUGUAUUUCUGCUCUGUCGAGCUGGACCUGGGAGGUUGGAAAUUCUGGGAGACUGUUCACAGCCGGGUUUGAAUUGUACUGUUCAUAUUGGUGGCUGUUUGGAUAGCAGUUGGUUGAGCUUUUCCCGUUGGACACCUUCAUUUCCCAAGGAACUACACGUUAAUCUUGCCAAUCAAACAAAUGCAACUGGAGUCUCAGUGCCUGUACUAUCCAUCAGCUGGAGAUUAAGCACAGAUGCCAGUAUAAAGUAUUCUCAAGGAGUAGAGGUAUCUGUGAAAAAACUGAGCAACGGAGAGGAGAAAUGUGUUCAAUACCGAUUCCAAAACAAGAUCAGGAACCAACUAAAUCCACAAGGAGAGAAGUGGGCAUUCUCACUGGAGAGACUUGAGGCAGAACCAGAGCAGACCUAUAGGGUGGCUGCAUGCAGUUUACCAAGACCUAACAUCAAUCAAGAUAAUGAUUGUCCAGCAAUCGUUUUCACUGUGCCUGGAUGUGAGGAUGACCAAAUUAAGUAUACAGAGCCCUGCAAAUGUCGAGGCAGUCUAUGGAAUCCCAACAUUACACACAUUAGAAGUGAAAUGAGAACAAUCAUCUUCUUCCAGACUGCCAAGUAUGCCAACAAAUACCUUGUCUUUCUGAAUAGUUAUAGUUCAGAAGGGAAACUCUGUGACAGCGAUCAUCAAAGAAUCUUGCAGGAAUCUGAACAACAGGUCAAUAUAACCUUUUCAACUGAACACUGGAUGCAAAGCUGCAGAAUUUAUCGUUUUGAGAUUCAACCAUUUUUCAUUGACUGCGACAAUGAUUGCAGAAGGAUUCGUAAAGAUAUCCCAGGUCCAGAGUAUGAAGAAACAAAUCCACCAAAAUUGUCUACAACAUCAACUGAAGGAGGGUCAUCUGAGAGAACCGGUUUCUUUGCUGUCAUCGGUGUUUUGGUUUUCCUUUUAAUCUGUGUCUGUAUCAUUUGGGUACGGAUAAAAUCCAAAGAAAAUGAAACAAAGACGCUGCCUAAAAUCCCAAAUGAUGAACCAGCAGUUGUAUAUCCAAAACUUCCACAAGUGAAAAAGAAAGUUCUGAUAAUUUAUUCAUUGGACCAUGAACUCUACAAGAAUGUUAUCCUGGCAUUUGCACAAUUCCUAAUGACUAACUGUGGUACCGAAGUAACUUUGGAUUAUUUACAAGUUAACAAGGUUGCAGAGGUGGGGCAUAUCAAUUGGCUCACAUUGCACAAAAGCAAGUCAGACAAGAUUUUUAUUUUAUGCUCUCGUGGAACAAGGUUGAAGUGGGAAGCCAUGCUGCGGAUUAAACCGAACCAGAUUUUGCUCAAAAGUGAUGAGCGUUCACCAAUGCGUGACAUGUUCACUCCUGCCAUGAGCUUGAUUUUGCCAGACUUCAAACGGCCAGCUUCAUUUGGGAAGUAUAUUGUUGCAUAUUUUGAUGACAUCAGCAGUGAAGAAGAUAUCCCUGAUCCAUUUAAGAUUGGUGUGAAGUACAAACUAAUGAAACAAUUUGAAGAAAUAUAUUUCCGAGUACAGGACUUGGAGAAACAUGAACCAGGGAAAACUUACCGUGUGGUAGGAAUAACAAUGGAUGAUUACCACAAUAGCCCAUCUGGUAAAAAAUUAAAAAAUGCUAUUGAACAAUUUAAAUUGAUACAAACAGAGCAACCAGACUGGUUUGAGAAAGAAUGUAUUCUAUUCCCAGAGGAAGCAGAAGCUGAGCCACUCUUGGCUGAUGAACAUUGUGAGCUUCUACCAAUGAAACAGAAUAUUGUUAAGUACAAACCCCUUGAUGAUAUAUCCUAUACAGUAAAUGAAGUGCAAAUUGUAAAAUCAAGUGAUGAAAUACUUGUGAGGAAUCCAGUAGGUUUUGAGCAUAAAGGCCAAGAUUACUGUUUAUUCCAAAAUCUGAUUGGAGUAGACUGUAAUGAUGCACAAGUUCUAAACAUGGCACAUACCUUGGAACCACUGUGCAACAUGUCAGUAUCUGGCUGUAGUCAGAGUAUGUUAAUUUGUCCCAACUUAGGAAACUCAAAAUCAGAAGGUGAACCGCACUUAGAAAAGCAUUGGAUGCUGAAGAAUGAUGUCUCAGACUUCCCUCAGCACAGUUGUGAAGGUGACAUUACAAUGAAUGAAAUCAGUGCACAUUCAGGUGGUAUUUCUCAUGAUGUAAAGAAGAGACUUGAAGAAUUUCAGCAGAUGUUAUUGCGUCAGAGUUUGUCUUCACCGUAUUCAACCAGGUCAUCUGAUUUGCAAAGUGGAGUUAUUGGAUGUCCACACUCUCUCUAUUCUGACAAAGAAGAGAGUGUAGAUUCAGACGAAGGCUAUAUCUCCAAACAGUCAGCCUCAGUGGUUGAAAUCCCAACAGCAGGUGGGAGCACUUCUUCUGAAGCACUAAAUGAAUUAAAAAUUCUUCAGAUGGCUUUACUUAAUGAAAGCAUGUGUAACUGAAAUCGAAUGUGAAUUUAUAGAGCAAGAUUGCUCAAUGCAUGUGCCUUAUCGAUAAGCCACGUUGAUAACUGCAGAUUGUAAAUAUCAGCCCCACAACAAUGAAGGAUGGUGGAUUUUUCCUGUACUUCAUACAUGUGUCACACAAAAUCAAACACAUAAUCCAUCAGAUAAAUCACUUCAACACAAAUAAUUUGAAAGGCUCUUCAUAUUUGCACACGUUUCACUCCUAAAACAAAUGUAGAAAGACAAAUUAUCACUGAGUCAUCUGUAGCCAAAAGUGGAUUCAGAAUAAAUUCUGCUGUUCUCAUAAUGUAAGAAGCUUCACUCUCUGAAUUUCAGCCCAGUGCAUUUCUGUAAAGACCAUAAUGGCUGUUAAAAGCAUUAAUAGUCAAUGUAAUUACAAGCUGCAAGUUUAUGAUGUUUGCUUUUUUAAAGUAACU